AGCCUGGCUACGAAUUCUUGUAGACUCUGACAUCAUAGCGGUGUUUCAGCCGACUAAGUACACACGUAGUUUUUGUCAGAAGUAGUUGCAGUAGUUGUACAUAAGGCGAUUUCCAUUUCGCCCACAAAAUUUUUUUACAUUUUUGUUUUGUCUGGUUUCAAAGUAUUUUUUCAUGGAGCUAUAGCCAUCUCUUACAUUUACUCCACAGGAGCGAAAGCUUGCAUUAUAUAUACGAAGAUCUACGACUACAUCUGCAGUUUCUAAUAUUGUUCAUGUGCAGCAACAUGCAGCACGGCGCUCGGUCGUGGCGAUUCUGACACAACAAGGUUUUGCUCGCAUUGCAGUGGGACGAAGAAGUAGAAUUUCCUUUCGGCCGCUCGCUGUCAGUGUCGUCGCGAAGUGGCUUUCGGAAUUCAAUGCACUUUUGCUUCCCUAGUAAACAAAACCGGGCGACGCUUCUUCACUGCAAACAAUAACAUUCCACCUUCACGCAAGGCGAUACCGUUCUUGCACAGCACUGACACCUGUACGAUCCGGUAGCCGCCUUGAAGGUACUUAGUAGUUCCCGGGGAACGAAUAUACGACUACGGCGCUCUCCUCCAGAUAAAUCACACCAGCCGCAUUCUUCAAACCAGUAUCGAUCCCAUCGGAAGACAAAAUAGCGCAUUGUUCUAGUAGUUCUUUCCCCUAAACCCUAUAUCACCAACCUCCGUCCCUUGUUUGCAACGAAUUGCGACCCGGCUUUCGUUACCUACUGCCCAACAUUUCCUGUCGCCAUAUUAAGGACCCGGCUCCGCAGCAAAGUAGUCGUGCGCAUUUGUUUGAGCUUUGCUUUUGGCUUGGUUCAAUCAUCCCUCCGCGCCGUCCGCCUCCGCACCAAUUAUACCGACGACUUACGCGACCAAUCUCCUACGACAGCCUGCCACGACCAAUAUGUCCUCCUCCUCCAGUUCGUCUUCAUCUUCGCAGGACUUCUACGACAUCCUGGAAGUCCCAAAACAAGCUUCCGCAGACGAGAUCAAGAAGGCCUACCGAAAACUGGCGAUAAAAUGGCACCCAGACAAAAAUCCGGACAACCAGGAGCAAGCCACGGCCAAGUUCAAACAGGUGGCGGAGGCCUACGAAGUACUGUCCGAUGAGGCGAAGCGAAAACAGUACGACCAGCUUGGCAUAGACGCCUGGAAGCGCAUGUCCUCGGGUGGCGGCGGCGGCGGGCCGGGCGGCGGCUUCCACGGAGGCCACGACAUCGACCCCAACGAGAUUUUCCGGGCUUUUUUCGGCCAAAAUUUCGACCUCGGCGGCAUGGGCGGGCCCGGCGGUGGGGGCAUGCGAUUCACUAUGGGAGGCGGCCCAGGCGGGGCGGGAGGUAACUGUUUUGUAGACUUGAGCACUACGUGCGGAGGAGAGGGCAAGAAGAUAAUUUUAGUACGCCGCUCUGCAGGUGAGCGUGAAAAUUUAGAUUGUAUGAACAAGAUCACGUUCUCUCGACAUGAUUGAGUGCGGCCGUGAAGAUCAUGCUGAGAAAAUGCUAUACCAGGUAUACACUUCUCCUUUGGCGGCCCGAUGGGAGGUGGCGGCGGAAAUAUGGGCGGCGGCGGUGCCGUGGAUCCCUUCGCCGCGCUCUUCGGCGGAAAUGCGUUCGGCUUUCCGCAGCAGCAGAGCCGGGAUAGACAAGCAACCUACAAAGUUGCCUGCACCCUCGAAGAGCUCUACACCGGGUGCGAGAAACGGGUCGAGACCAGGGCAGGGGUACUUAUAGUUUGCGUUUGUUUGACAGCUAUUGCUAUGCCACGUCGAAGAACCUGAACCACCUUGCUUUUCCAUCUUGCUGUCGUGCAUGCAUCGUCGACCUAGAACUAGAAGAGUGCUGCUGGUCGACGUCGCGCCGCGGGAAUCUACUGCAGCGAUCUUUUACGUGGCAGUUGUAACUCUAAGUGCUACCUUUGUUUGUAGUUCUUUGCUCGUUGUCAUUCGGGAGGAUGAUGUUGAAAUGUACAAAACACGACACACUCUCAGGCCUCUACGAUCUCGAUCCCCAAGGCCACUAAGCCGGGCACGAAGCUCGCCGCGCAGUCGCUUGCGAACGACGACAAUGCAGCGGCCUCCUCUGCCCGGCCGAAAACCGUGUAUCUGAUCACGCAGAAGGAUCACGCGCGAUUCGAGCUGCAGAACGAGCACGAUGUCUACUACCUGUGCACGGUUUCUGUUUCCGAAUGGCUGCUGGGCACGCGGUCCUCUAGCGGCUCUUCCAAACCGCUGCAGUAUGAACUGCAAAGGCAACAUGAACAUCGUACUCGUACUAUUAAUUGCAAACAUGCAUGACAAAUCUUCUUCCUAUAUGUAAAACAGCAUUACAAAUUCCAUUUCUAAAAAUGCUGGGGGAAUUUGUGAUGCUAUUCAUACUAGGACGUUACUUUUGCAGUUCAUAUGCAGAUUAAGAUGCUGGAUAACAGUCUUGCCGAGCUGGAAAUCGACGCCCUGCAGCUUUCCUUCAAGCGCAGAAUACCGGGCUGGGGCAUGCCCAAGAAAGCGGCGGCGGUAACAAAGGUGAACGCGGAGAGUAGGAGGCGGGGACUGAGGGAAGGAAGGCUGAUGGCGAAAGACCACGGGGACAUGAUUAUCAGGUAUGUCUAUGUGGUUGGUACGGUAGUAGAACAACAUCGAUCUACUCGCAGCUAGGAUCAGAAUCAUCAUGAACAUUGGUGCUACUAAGUAAAAGUGAAUCUUUCGCCAUAGCAGAGACGUUCGAAUCGGGGGGGGGGCGAAGCGUUGUAAAAACUACACGAUGAUUUACAACAUGAACAUCAUACAGGUUGAUUCCGAUGUCCCGCCAGGCCUUCGAAGAGAGCUUACGAGUCGGGAAAACGGUGCUGUAUUUGCUGGGCUUCCUCCUCUUGAUUCAGCAUCCCAGCAUGUUUUUUCUGCUCUACAUGAUGUCGCCCAUGUUGCAAAGAAUCCUGUUUGCAUAGGACGGAUGUGGAGUUUUCUACUAACAGCACGAAAGAAGAUGAAAAGCAAAGUGUGAAUCCAUCGCAAGUCGUGUCAAUCAGGAAUUGUGUGAAGCAUUUGUAGACCACAUCAUACGUGAUAAAAUGAAGCGACAUGAUACAGGACCACCACGAUUGGAAUCAUGGUCGGAGCGAGGAGAACAACAAAGUUGCCUGCUCCUACUAACUUUUUUGUCCCAGUUCCAUGUUGGGUCCAGAAAAAAAAAAUAAAAUAUCACGCAAGGAGAAAAGUCAAAGCUGUUAAGGGGAAAAGUCCUGCCAAGGAGAAAAGUCCAGCCAAAAGAAAAAAGUCCGAGCGUGCAACAGCUCGCGCGGUGUG